CAUACUUUCAGUCACCACAGUAUAUUCAUCCUCGAUCGUGCAGUCAGUCACUCGUUCACGAUCGAGCAUAGCAGCGCACACCGCCGUAGUCAUGCGCUCAUCCACCUUCCUUCCACUCUUUAGCAUGUUAGGCGCCUUCCGUGCUCUCUCACUAGCCGACGACCCAAGAACGAACCCCGCCAAAGACAACUCACCCAACUGCUCUUGCUACACCGUCGACGGCGGUAAUGACACAGCUUACUUCACAUUCCACCGCUUCUGGGACUUCCGCAACUUGAGUCCGGACCACUUGACCAGCGACGCAUGGAACGCGGACUGGUGGAUACAGAACUGGACCUCUCCUGCGUCGUCGGACUCUCCGCUAGAGCGAAUCAACCUGGUGGAGAAUGUGGGAAUAUUGACCGGCAAAAAUGGAAACGGCACAGCGCUAACACUGAAUACCUAUCGCAACAACUCACAUACCCAAUUCACGGCCGAAAUCCAAAGCAUGCAGCAGAACAUCAAACAUGCCAGCAUCCGCUUCCACGCGCGGGUAGUGGGGAGCAAUGGGUCUGAGGCUAGCAAAGGCGCCUGCGCUGGCCUAUUCACUUGGUCCAAUGACGAUAAUGAGAGCGACAUCGAGAUCUUAACGCAGGACCCCUUGGGCACGAUCAGAUACACCAACCAACCCGACCUCGACAAAGCCGGCAACGCAAUCCCCCAAGCCUCCAUCACAUCCACCGCGCUGCCCCCCUGGUCCCUCUUCCACACGCACCGCAUCGACUGGCUCGCCCACGCCACCCACUGGUUCCUCGACGACGCCCUCGUCGCGGCAAACACCUACAGCGUCCCCCAACGACCGUCAGGCAUCUUCAUGAACCUCUGGGGCGAUGGCGGCAGCUGGACGGGGGAGAUGGCGCAGGGGGGCAGCGCGGUGCUGGUGCUGGAGUGGGUCGAGGCGGUGUUUAAUACGAGUGGGCCGGUGAAGGGGCCGGGGAAGCGGGCGGAGGGGAAGUGUGGGGUUGUGUGUCGGGUGGAUGGGGUGAGGGAGAUUGGGUGGCCGGAGGUGUAUCCUAAUUCAAAGAACUGA